AUGACGUGGACGAUGAUUGGCGGAGUCACCAAAGUUUACAUCGACGGAAACUACAAACAAGGCGCCACCAGGCAGUCAGGGUAUCAUAUGCCGGGAGGCGGAUGGCUCGUGAUUGGACAAGAACAGGACAGGGGAGGUUAUAAUUUUGAUCUCGAAUGGUCGUGGAUGGGUGACGUCGCCGGCCUGAAUAUAUUCGACCGCGUGUUGACCCCGGAGGAGGUGAAGUUCAUGGCAAAGUACUGCUACCACAGCGGCGGCAAUCUGUUCUCCUGGAGCGAGACAAUGGUGGCCUUUAGGCGUGAAGAAAACGUGAGCUGUCAAUUCGAGGUUUUAAAGAACCCAUUAAAUGUGGCCCGGCAGAGGGCGCUGAUAUCCGACAUCCUGAUGGCAGACAGUAACGACCGACGUGCGACUUGA